AUGCCCACCACCAAACCCGAUCAACCCCACACCAAAACCCCAUCCCUCACUCGAACUGCAAGCACACACAGACAAGGUGACCUACACCCAACACUAUCACCAAGCAUGGACCUCAAGGUAAACCAAACCCAUGCCUCCCUAACCCUUGCACCGCUCAACAUUAGAUACUCCAAACAACAGCGUACAAGGGAGACCACACCACAAGCCCCCAACACCUGCAGGCCACGCAUGAAAGACCAUGGGACUCCACCAACCUCACUGGGACAACUCACAAAAGACGAUACAACUAAGGGUCUAAGGGACAUAAUGUCACUGUCCAGCGGAAAACUUUAUAACCAGAUGUAUCAAUAA